AUGGUUAUCGCAAAAUUAAUCCCACUCGACACCUACAACGCAGAUACCGUCAAACACCAAGCAAAUGUGUUGCUCGACGGACCACACGUUAACUUUGCACUCGUAUACGACCGAGACUACGACGAACGAGUGGAAUUAAGCAAUUCUUUGCACCCCUUGAGCAUCUGGGUCGCUUCUGAGUUGGAAAAGACAGUAACGGUACCAAUUACAAAGGAAUGUAAACGAUGCUUUUCGGCAUUUUCCACAAACAUUGCCUCACUAAACACCUCUAGCAUGCAGGCAGAGGGAACUUUUGAGUCAAAGUCAUUAGGUUUUGACGUGUUAAUCAACUGUAAUGCGAGGAUUAACUCGAUAGACUUUGGCAAAGCUUCCCCGGACGACAGUGCCAAGAUUUUAAUGGUAGUAUCAACUCAACCCAUGAAUGAAGUUUCUGCAACUAACCCAGAAUUUUACACUUUUGUACACAUUUAUUCGAUUUCAUAUUGGCACAAAGAUGCUAGUGCAGGAGAUGAGGAUACGUUUGAAAUAAGCCUUUCACAUAUUAUUCCCAUAAAGAAUGAUUUUUGUACACACGUUAGAAUCAUAAACCAAGUACAAGACAAUGAUUCUCAACAUUUUUUUGUGCUAGCUCUGCUCUUGGAUAGCGGAGCAAUUAAAAUUGGCAGAAUAGAAACCUCUGAAUUUGCACAUGUAAAGAGUAAAACUGAUGACUUGUCCGAAAGAAUUCUUAAUUUGGACAUUAUUUGGGAAUACGACCCAAAGGCAACCUCCUCCAAACUUUGUUGUUUUGACGUCACCUAUCCAAGUGAUGACGAUUCUGUUGGAUUUAUAAUAGCUUCCGGUUCUAUGGACGGUUUCGUCCGCGUUUGGCAUUUUAAACGGGAUAUUUUUAAAGAAAAGGAUCUGGACUCGGAUCCUUGUACAUUUUCAAAAUUGAUAUCAGUAAUUCAAGAUACAAGUAGUGUUUCUGCUUCUGUAAUCGUUAGCAUAUGCUUUAUACAAACUCUAGACGCAUACAUUGCGGCAAUCGGUACAUUUUCAAAAUCUAUAAUACUAUGGGAUAUCCGUUACUCUCACUUGUACGGUGAAAUAAAAACCUAUCAUAAUGUCACAAAGCCAGUGAAUGCACUCUCUUGGACCAAGAAUAAUCAGUACUUGCUUGGUUGCACUUCAUCUGGGUUUUAUAUUGAUUGGCUGAACAAUUCCACAAAUACGACAAUAAAUAUUGAGAAAUAUUUUAGAACAAAACUAGUCUAUCCAUUUGAGAAUAUUUGUUGGGACGUACACUGCAGCGAUACUGAUGCACAUUUUGUUUUUGAUGAUGGCAUUUUUCUUUCUGUACCAUCUGAGAACAUAGGAAGACGAAAUAUGGAAGAUAUUUUUACCCUAUACAAGUGGAAUUUGUUGGACUACAGCCAACGAUCGCAUAUUGGACCGAUUGACGUAAAGGAGGGCGCAAAUUUUGACGAUAGCAUAAAGGAGUUGAUAGUAAAGACGUUUGAUGCAGAUUUAGCCUCUGCCAGAAAGCAUGGAAUUACCAUUGUAAAAUUCAAAAGUAAUAAUUAUGAGAGUUUUAAUUUUGAUGAAAAAACUAGUGACCAAGUUGUUAGGUCGAAAUUAACAUCACACAAGACGGUUUGCUCCUUUAGCAUGGAUUUAACACGCGCAACACUCGGAAUAUGUGCGUAUGGUGGAAAUUGUGGCGUUGCACACGUAAUGCUAAAUAUUGAAUUGAGCUAG